GCCCCGGUGCAAGGCGGCGGCGGCGGCUGCAGGGCGGCCCGGGCUUGGGCGGCCGCCGCGAUGAAAUUCCCGGGCUCCGUCCUCGUCUCCCUCGUCCUCUUCAUGUCCGAGACGGUGGCCGCGCUGUGCCUGAGCGCGGGCUACCACUACACGGGGAACCGCAUGUGGCAGACGCUGACGCUGCUCUUCGCCCUCUUUCCCUGCGCGCUGGUGCAGCUCAGCCUGGUCUUCAUCCACCGCGACGUGAGCCGCGACCGCCCGCUGGUGCUGCUGCUGCACCUGCUGCAGCUGGGGCCGCUCGUCAGGUGUGUGGAAGCCCUUUAUAUUUACUUCCAUGCUGGCAGAGUUGAAGAUCCCUACGUGAGCAUCACCAAGAAGAGGCAGCUGCCCAAGGAUGGGCACUCAGAAGAAGUAGAGAAGGAGGUGGGACAGACUGAGGGCAAGCUGCGCACGCACAGGUCUGCCUUCAGCAGGGUCUCUGUCAUCCAGGCCUUCCUGGGCUCAGCGCCCCAGCUCACGCUCCAGCUCUACAUCUCUGUCCUGCAGCAGGAGGUCACCGUGGCCAGAAGUGUUUUUAUGGUGCUCUCUCUCCUCUCGAUCGUUUACGGCGCCUUACGCUGCAACAUCCUGGCCAUUAAGAUAAAGUACGACGAUUACAAUGUCCGUGUGAAACCUGCCGCCUACCUCUGCAUAUUCAUGUGGAGGAGCUUUGAGAUCGCCACACGAGUCACGGUGCUGGUGCUUUUCGGUUCAGUCCUUAAAAUCUGGGUUUUUGUCGUCGUGCUGCUGAAUUUCUUAGGGUUCUUCCUCUACCCCUGGAUUCUCUUCUGGCUUAGCAAGUCGCCAUUUCCUGAGAACAUAGAGAAGGAAUUGAGCAGGUUGGGCACUACCAUCGUCCUGUGCCUUCUCACGUUCCUGUACGCUGGCAUUAACAUGUUCUGCUGGUCGGGAGCGCAGGUGGAGCUCAGCGACCCCGACCUGAUCAGCAAGUCGCAGAACUGGUACCGCAUGACCGUGUACUACAUCGUGCGGCUGAUGGAGAACGCCUUCCUCCUGCUCAUGUGGUACAUCUACAGAACAGACUUCUACCUCUAUGUCUGUGCCCCUAUGCUGUUCCUGCAGCUCCUCAUAGGUUACUGCAUGGGCAUCUUCUUCAUGUUGGUGUUCUACCAGUUCUGUCACCCGUGCAAAAAACUUUUCUCCUCCAGCGUUACUGAAGCUUUGUUGUCCUGUUUCAAGAUUCUGUACUUAAUUUGCCAGCAUCAAAAAUCCUCUCUACUGACAGGCGAGGUGGUGAUAAAAUCUCCUGAAAACACUGAAGAAGCACGGGGCAGUAGCAAGACAACAGAUUCCCAAAACAGGAAUGUUCAUCAAAGUGUUUCUUCCAAUGCCUAGUGCAAUUGGAAGCAAGUAGGUGCCUUUGGAAGGUGGCAGAUCACCUGCUGGGAGCAUUGUGUAUCUUAGACAUUGUGUCUUGUGGGUAGGAUUUCUUUCUUGCAGAUGUAGCACUGCAUGAUGGCUGACAUGCCUGUUUUUGUGGAGAGCAGUGUAUGAGUAUUUGUGUUUGUGUACGGAGAGCAAUCGUUGUUUGUAGAUUUCUAGUUCAGAGCCUUUUUGCACAUAGGUUUAUUGUCACAUGCUGAUUUUAAGUCAUUAUUGGAGACAUCAUUCAGAAACUGUCGUGAUGUUCACCUUACUCAGGAAGUUUGAGGAUGGAAGGCAAGGACUUUUAUUUUAGACAGGAUGUCUCAUGGCAUGCCACCCUAGCAUGGAAACAGAGCUUAGACCUGGACUAUGUAUGGAUUGUAGCUGUGGUCUGCUUUGAUCAAAUUGCAGACUAUUUUACACUCUAAUCAGUGUAAUAAGAUAAUACUUCUCUCAGUGGUAGUAGAAUUGGACUUGCACAAUGCACUGUAGUUUGGGUUGCCAUGAAACAGCCAAUUAGCCAGCACUGACACAGAAAUGUGGCUGUUACUGAGGAUGGACAGAGGGGUUAUUGGCUUUGCACUGUUUCACCCUUCAUGUUCACUGCUUGUUAGUAAGGGAAGUAAAUUUAACACAUUAAUUGUGAUGUUCUGGAACAGCUCAUUUUCCUUUCAUUAUUAUUUCUUUAAUACUUUGUGAUCUUCUGGUGUCAGGGUGGUGUUCUUUUUAUAUAAAUAUUUAAGGCUGGGCAGGCAGUGUGUGCCAGUCAUGUAGGUGCUCUCCAGUGCACAUCUCCAGGGAGUGACUCACCCCAUCUCAAAAUAGGUGAUAGGAAUCACUCUCUGGAGACCUGUUACUCAGUGUUAACCAGAUGCCUUCACAAUUAGUUCUGACUGUCCAUCUGACUUUUAGAUGGCUGAAGUUAGAGAGCUGAGCACUUCCCUGAUCAUCAGGGGUUUGGUAGUGCCCCAAGUAGGCAGCUCAUUGACUUUUUGUACUUGCAUAGAAGACACUGGUUCCUUCUUUUUUGAGCUGUGAUUUGUUAUGAUUAGUUUAAUAUCAUUAAUUCAAAACCCUCUGACUUCUUUACCUCAGAAGUAUCACAACCCUGAUACUGAAGCAUGAAAGAGAAAAUGGAAGUCAUUGACUUUUUGUUCUCAGCAAUACAUCACCACAAAUAAAAGUGUUUCUGUAUUUUUUAAAUUUCUGAGAAAGCUUUAGCAGAUGAACACACAAGAAUUUAGUGAAAAUACACAGACCCAUAUGUAUUUUCACAAAUUAAGUGAAAGCAUUUUGCACUUUGUUUGCUUAGCACCUUCCUAACAUUUCUUUUGAGUGUUACACAUUAUGGCUGCUCAUGGAAACAAAUAAUUGAUGACCAAAGCAUCUCCCAGUGCUUGAAGCUUAGUCUCCAUUCUGUCCUCAGGCAGGAUGUGAAGUUCUUAAUAGGGAUGACAUCAUCAUAAUUGUUUUAGAAGUGUCUCAAACUCAGGUCUGGGGUCAUUUUUAAUGAAAUAUGUCACCUGCAGUGCUGCAAAGACAUAACCUGCUUUUAUUUUUUUCUUUACUACAGUGUAAAUGAAUGUCUUCAUAUUUCAGUUUUAUUAUGGAGUUAUGUUUUCAUUUUGCUAAAUAUGUGUCUGUGUAUGGUAUGUGUAUGUAUAUGUCAUUAAAUUAUUGGUGGGUGGUAAUGGGAUUGUUGGCCUGAUUUUGCUAUGGGAAUGUGCCUCAUAUCUGGGGAAGACACCAAACACCUCCAUUCUAAUUUCUCUGAGGAGAGGAGAAAAGAAUAGUGAAGUGACUCCUUGAAGACACAAUGGUGUUUCUCUGUACCUCUGUAUGUGAAAGUACAGUACAAGAUUUCUCUGUGCUUUUCUAGAUGUAAAAUAUUAUUGCUUUUUCUUUUUCAGUAGAGAGUUAAAGAAGCAAGGGAGAAGGUAACUUUUUCUUCCAAACCUGUGGAGUUCAGCCCAGUGGCUCAAAUUUUCUGGUGUUCUUAUCCAAAACUGAAUAUCUGUCUUUAUAGCUGGACACUCAUCAGUAUCAAUAAUCAGGGAAUUACAGUGGCUGCCUAUCUACAGAUGUACCCCGGUCAGAAAUGUUAGUCUGUGGGGGAAAAUUUAAAAAGUAGCUUCAUAUGUAGUAGUAGUUCCUAUCUAAAGAGAGAGCUUAAAGCAGAGUUUGGACACUGUAAGUGGUGGUGCAGUUGUGAUUGUGCCAUUUGGAAACAGUGAAAGCUUCACAAACCUCAGCCAGGUUGGUGCCACAGUGAAGGCAAAUGUAGGAGAGGUGCAGAGCCAGGAGCCCAGGAUGAAAACACAGUGAGUACCAUUACACCUCACAGAAGACUCUAGAUGCAUAUUUAGAGUGGCUGUCACAUUACUUCUUUUUAUUCCAGUCUCCUGAAGUGCAUGCAUAGGGAGAUGAAUAUUGAAAUCACUGUUAUGAGAGGGGAAAAAAAGAGUUUAUAUGGGUUCUAUUGCUAUCCUAUGGUUUUGCCUUAGUUGUGCAGAGUAACCAAAUACAGUUCAAACACUCCUCCAGCAUGGGGGGCUGUUGCUGUGCAGUGCCUGGUGUCACCAUGGCCCAGGGUGGUUUAUC